CCCAUGCCAACGUCAAUGCCUUUUUUGAACGACGAAAAAUGUUCGUCCGUCCAUUAAUUCACAAACAAGCCAUUACUAUUCAAAUUUUAUCUUCAAAUUUUCAUUUUUCAUUGACGUCGAAGUCUUUAUUUCUCUAAUUAUUUCGUGAUUUCUCCCCUUAAAACUCGAAUUAAAUCGAGAAAUGCCAAAUCUAAGAGGAUCAAGAACCCAUGAAGGGUUGCCCAUUUCCGAUGCAUCUCCCAUAUCCGUUUCCAACAAGAAAAGAUGGUCCACUUUGAUGCCAUGGCUCAUCGCCCUCGUCGUCAUUGCUCAACUCGCGUUUCUGGGUCGUCUCGGGAACGCCAAAAACGCCACGUUUUUCCAUUCGUGGCCGGAAUUGUUCCGUACACAGCACUCUUCUAGUGGUGUGAAAGUCGCCGGCGUUCGAAAUUCCGGGAUUCGAGGUUUGGGUGGUCAUCGUAACUCAGGUGUGGAAACCUGUGAGGAGUGGCUUGAGAGAGAAGAUACACUGGUUUAUUCAAGGGAUUUUAACAAGGAUCCAAUCUGGAUUUUGAUUUCUGGUGAUAAGGAGGACUUUAAAACUUGUGCCGUGAAUUGUAGCUUCAGAUCCAAUUGGAGUAGGAAAGCUGAUGCUACUUUUAAAUUGCCUAAAAAAUCUAAAGCACCUAGCGUGCAUCGUUCUAUGGAAUCGGCUUCCUACUAUGAGGAGAAUAAUAUUACUCAGGCACGACGGGAUGGUUUUGAGAUUGUAAUGACAACUAGCCUCUCGUCCGAUGUACCUGUCGGAUAUUUUUCUUGGGCUGAGUAUGAUAUCAUGGCACCGGUGAUCCCGAAGUCUGAGAAGGCUCUUGCAGCUGCUUUCAUUUCUAACUGUAUGGCUAGCAACUUUCGUUUGGAAGCUCUUAUGGAGCUCGAAAAGGAGAAUAUCAAGAUAGAUUCUUAUGGUCGUUGCCAUAAAAAUCGUGACGAGAGAGUGGACAAAGUCGAAAUUCUGAAACGAUAUAAGUUUAGCUUGGCUUUCGAGAACUCGAACGAGGAAGAUUAUGUCACGGAGAAGUUUUUCCAAUCUCUUGUUGCAGGAAGCGUACCCGUGGUGAUUGGUGCACCAAAUAUCGAAGAUUUUGCUCCUUCUUCCGAUUCAUAUUUACAUAUUAAGGACUUGAAGGAUGUUCGAUCCAUUGCAGAACAAAUGAAGUACCUUGCAGGAAACCCGGACGCUUAUAAUCGAUUAUUAAGGUGGAAGCAAGAAGGCCCGACCGAUACUUUCAAGGCCCUUGUCGAUAUGGCUGCGGUUCAUUCGUCGUGCCGUUUGUGCAUUCACAUAGCAACCACCAUUUGGGAAAAAGAAGAAAAGGAUUCCGAUGCCAAGAAACGUCCCUGCAAGUGUAACAAAGGAUUAGAAACCGUAUAUCAUUUAUACGUACGGGAACGAGGGAGGUUCGAGAUGGAUUCAAUUUUCUUAAGGUCCGGCAAUAUGACCUUAAAGGCCUUGGAGGUUGCGGUUCUUACGCAUUUCAAGUUUCGGAAACACGUUCCUAUUUGGAAACCGGAAAGGCCAGAAAGCCUUCGAGGUGGAGAUGAACUAAAAGUACACAGAAUAUAUCCUCUUGGGUUGACACAAAGACAGGCUUUAUAUACAUUCAAGUUCAAAGGGGAUGCUGAUCUUAAGAACCAUAUCGAAAACAACCCUUGCGCGAAGUUCGAAGUUAUAUUCGUGUAAGACCGGUGGUUUCCGUUAUCUCAUCUUCGAGCACCGAUGAUGGAUUCCUGAUAUCGAUGACGGUUUGCUGAGGAACAUUUCCUCAAAGAUCAAAGGCAGCCUCAUGCAGCUUAUGAAUUUUAUCCAAUGCUUCUUUUUGAAUUAUGUUUUCAUUUUAGAUUGAUAAACUGCCAAGUUAUAGUUGAUGAGCAAUGAUCAAAAUUUUUGGCUGGUAUUAAUCAGUACCGUAUUGGUGAAUGUAUCGGUAUUGUUUUGGUACCAGUACAAUUUGGUA